UUGUCGCGCGUGACUCACUUUCCUUCGCUUUUCUUCACUUUCUUUGCUCUGCGCGUUAAAAAAAAAACCCCCCAAAAAAACUUGCAAAGUAGUUGAAGUACUGCAAGGAGUGAAGGAUUGGCUGCAGCCAUGAAGUUGGUGUUUUUGACCCUGCAAGUUUUACUGCUGAGAGAAAUGUUGCCGACGCUGCAGGAAGUACUACCUGGAUCUUGUACUUUUGACAGGAGUACCUGCGGAUAUACUUCACCACCUCCGCAUGACAACUGGAACAUCAAUCAACAAGGACAUUUAAUAACAGUGGAAUCUUUAGGAGGAGGACAAAAGGCUGUUCUUGUCAGUCCACUCUUGGACCAGCACCACUGGACCUGUGUCAGGAUGGUCUACCAGAUCGCUGGACAAGGUUCCUUGCAGCUCCACCUUCGGCCACAAAGGGCGCACUUUGAUUCCACACUUUGGAGCAGCAACCAAUCAUCUGACAGCUGGCUGAUUGCCAGUGUAGACCUGCCCAACAACACAGUCCACUACCAGAUUGUGUUGGACGGACAAGCAGGAGCUGCUUCAAGUGACAGCGUGUCCAUCUUUGAAGUCCACAUUGUUCCUGGCUACUGUCUGGAGUGUGACUUUGAGGAGCAUCACCUGUGUGGCUACGGUAACACCUGGAAUCCAAACAUCAACUGGUAUGUUGGCGGCACUCUCUCUCCUGACCCACACACCAACCUCUUUGAAGAUGUCACUCAAAGUCAACGCAAAGGACACUACAUGUACGCCGACUCUCUGUACGCCAAGCACUUCCAGGAAGUGGCCAAGCUGGCGUCGCCGAUGACGACGGCGCCAAUGAGCGGCUGCCUGUCCUUCCUUCACCAUCGGGACCAAGAAGACGGGAACAUGUUCACUCUUUUCACCCGGGAUCAGCUGGGCCACUACGAGGAGGUCUGGAGACCGGAUGUGUACGUCACGCCUGGCUGGACCCUGGUCAACGUGGACAUCAAGGCUCUUCAGCCCCUACAGCUGGUGUUUGAGGCGGCGUUUAACACAGCCAGUGGAGGAUAUGUGUCCAUAGAUGACAUCACCUUUUCUCCUGACUUCUGUUACACUGACACAGAAGAGCCCGUGGAUCCUUCCAUUGCUGACUGUGACUUUGAGCAAGGCAUGUGCUCCUACUACCAGGAGAAGGCGGGGAGGCAAGCCUGGAGCCAAGUUUCAGUCAGUGCCAACGCUUACAGGGGCGGAGACCACACCACUGGCACAGGCGGCAUGUUGCUGGCAAACACGCGCUUCUCCUCCAUGCCGGGCUACGUGGGUCGGCUUCACGGCCCGUUCCUGCCUGGCAGGCACAAGUACUGCCUGAGCUUCUACUACCUGCUCCACGGCUUCAGGAAGGCCGACAACGCUCUGGCUCUUUACAUCUAUGACGAGAACGACGUGGCCCAAGACAAGGUCUGGAGCCUGGCCGAGACCUCCAAGGACGUGUGGAUGCAGGUGGAGAUCACCUACAUGAAGCCCAUGGUGACCAAGAUGGUGUUUGUCAGCAUUUGUAGCAACUUCUGGGAAUGUGGUCUGCUGGCCAUCGAUGACAUCACUGUCCGCCUGGGAGACUGCCGCAUAGCAAAAGGUUCCUUGCCAGGUCAGUGUACUUUUGAAAGUGGACUUUGUGGUUUCAUUCAGGACACCACACACGAUCAAGCUGAUUGGCUGCGGCUUCGAGGCCACACCCCCACAUCUUACACGGGCCCCAGAGGAGACCACUCUACUGGGGUAGGUUACUUCAUGUACAUCGAGGCGUCACACAUGCGUCAUGGCAACAAGGCCCAACUGCUGACCUCUGACCUGAGAGGCUCCUCAGCGCCGCACUGCUUGGUCUUCUACUACCACAUGUUCGGCUCUGGAACUGGAACCUUGCGAGUUCUGUUGCGUCCGGAAGACACUGAACGUGACACACCGCUGUGGAGGCGACACGGCGAACAGAGCGUGUCUUGGAUGAAGGCCAUGGUCGACUACACCUGUCACCUACGUCACCAGAUUGUCUUUGAAGCCACUCGAGGUCCAUCCCUGCGGAGUGAUAUCGCCAUCGACGACGUGCGCUUCCAAAGUGGUCCUUGUGAAGACGCUGAUGACAUCACUUCCUCCUCAGGAUCCUCAGAGGACUUCAAUGAAGUGUAGAAGAAGACAUCUUCCUGUUUAUUAUUUAGUCGCUUCACGUCGUUCUUGUAUGCACUCAUUUCCUUCUGGGUCAAAGGUCAGCUGGAGUCUAUCCCAGCAGCCUGUAGGUGAAGGGGGUGGGGGGACUGUUCAGCAGCCAAUCACAGGACACAGAAAUAUAACUGACAUAACGUGCAUGUUUUAAAACGUGACAGGGAGAUCUAACUCCAACACAGAUUUGAACCAUCAACCUCCUGACUGAGGCCGAUAUGCUAGCCACUGAUCCACCACGCACACUCCUUUAUUAAUAUUAUUAUUUUACAAUCAUGUAUUUAGUCUUUUAUUAUUAUUGUUUAUUUUACUAUACAUAUAUUCACAUCUUUUAUUAAUAUUGUUUAUUUUACAACCAAUAUAUUUAGUCUUUUAUUAUUGUUGUUUAUUUUACUAUACAUAUAUUCACGUCUUUUAUUAAUAUUGUUUAU